CCCAUAUUUCCGAUCUUCCGGUUUGACCAGGAAGGCACCGCUGCUAACACUAGUUAGCCUGUGGAGAAGUAGCUAGCUCAUAUCUUUUCUAGGCUCUGUAUUAAAAUUAAUAAACUUUAUAAUCAUGUCCUUUAAACGAGAAGGCGACGACAAGAGUCAGUUAAACAUCCUGAAGAAGCGACGAGUCGAGGAUCUUCUGUCUCACUUCAUUCCAGAGGACGAAGCGGUUCUGAUGAGAAACGGAAGAUAUUCCUGCAUCGUGUGUUCGUAUCGUCCCGUGUUCGAUACCGUGGACAUGUUGACGGUUCACAGAAACGGGAAGAAGCAUCUGGAAGGAUUACAAUUGUUCUAUGGCAAAAAAACACGGCUGAAGAAUGAGAUAAUAAAGAGGCGACAAGAAGACUCGGUCCAGGCUGAAGACGCAGGACAGGAACCGUCCAGCUCUGCCCCGUUACUGGAACAAACACGAAAGCUCACAUAUCACGCUCUGUUGAAAACUGUCCCGUACAACAGCUGCCAUCGAAAAACCAGCACAAAAUGUGAGAAAGAACCAGCGAGCAUCAUGUCAGACGUCAGUGGAAACGCUCAGAGGGAAACUUCAUCCGGGCCAGAACACACAAGUGAAGCUUCUGACUCUGCUGCAUCGAGAAGCUGCAGUGGCUCCACAGCAGACAAUAAAGAGUUAAAUCCAUCACAUGAUGUGGAGGCGUCUCAGCCAAUCACAGCCGAGAGGAGGAGAGAGCUGGAGCACUACCUCAAACUGAAAAGUGACGGGUGGAAACAGGACCUGAGCGGCCGGUGGAUCAGAGACGAGGACGUGGAGUUUGACUCGGACGAGGAGGAGCCUCCGUCCCUCGUCCACUCAGAGGACUGAGGACACAGAUGAACUUUGAAACGUCCUGAAGCCGCGGUGCUGAAUGAAAUAACUGAGCUUCCACGUGCAGAGACUCCCGCCGCUCAUUGAAUCACAUGAUUUCCUUCUGGCUCCACAGAGACCGUUUCAUCUGGGCUCUCACUCACCAGCAGUGAUAGAAAACUUCUAGUUUCCAUCAGCCGCAACUCGUGAUUCUUUUAUUGUGCUAAAAACAAAUCGAACGAUUUAAUGAGAAGCGUCAUCUCCUCCCAGUCGGCUGAUUCUGUACGUCACAGCUUUUGAUUUACAGAAUUAGAUUUAGAAACAUUUAAUCCACUGUGUUGAAAAUAUUUUGAUUUGGUGCAAUAGGAAACAUAGAGCAACUUAAAGACAUGAAGAUUAUAAUAAAAAUAGAAUCUGUGUUUACUCCCAAACACUGUCUGGAAAACAGAGGAUUUUACAAGAUCGUUUUAUAUUGUUUGAAUCAUAAAGUCAUUUAGUUAUGAUCAAUACUAUUCACAUUUCCAGGUGAAACACUUAAUGGGCGGCAAUGUCAUGAAUGUAUUUUGUAUUAAUUAUGCUGAUUUUUUUAUGCUGAAUUUUUAAUAUAAGAAAUCAUAAUAAAGGAGGAUACGGGUUAAAGAAGUUAAACUCAUUAAUACAGGUCACAGAGUUCGGUUGUCACAUAUACAUUUGUACCUGAUUAAUAUGUUGAGCUUAAUAUAAAAAUAACAGCAUUAUGAAUGAUGUGGUUUCACUUCAGAUACGUGAUGAGAUCUCAGAUACAACUCAAAACCAAAUGUUAUUUUAAUAUUGAGGAUAAAAUACUGUUUAUCUCAGGGAUCUUCAUAGGGUGGCCCAUGACCCCUAGUGGCCCUUACAGGUACUGCAGAGGGAUGUGAAAUUUUAUGUUUGUGUAAAAUAUUCAGUUAGCAGAAGUACAUUUAUUAAAAACAAGUUACACAA